AUGAAGCUGAACGAGGAGUGGGAUCACAUCUAUCACAGCACGAGUGUGGGCCUCCAGCAGCGUGUGGCGGCCCUCGAGGAGGAGAGAAGGGCCCUCAAACAGCUCAACAGCCGACUGCUUCUCAAAGUAGAACAUGAACAGAACAAGAGGGAAUAUUAUGAACAAACACUGAUGCAGGAACUGAAGAAAAACCAGCAUCUGCAGGAGUAUAUCAGACUGCUGGAGAGCCGACUGCACCAAACAGAUCUUCAGCAGUGGACUAGAGGAACUCAGACCCCAGAUAUCAGUGGCUCCUCAGACUCUCAGCUGGUCCAGGGCCCUUCUAAGCCGUCCCUGGAUGUGCGGUCGACUCCAGGGCUUCCUGCGUCUCAGGACACAAAGUCCAGUCUCAGACUGGCUGGCAUGGGAACAGAGACACAAUCUGACCCAAUAAGAGAAGUUCAGGAUCUUAAAGAACAGCUGGAGGCGCUGCGGUGUCAGACUCAAAUCUACGAGGCUGAUUAUAAAACCGAGCAGAAGGACCAUGAGCGCAUGCUGCAGGAGAAUAAGCGUCUGCGGCGCAGAGAGGCAGACAUGCGUCAACAGAUAGCACUGCUGCAGGAGCAGCUGAAGGUGUACGAGGAUGAUUUCCGGAAGGAGCGCUCAGACAAACGCAUUCUCCAGAGACUGCUGAUGAAGAAAUCUCCAGCCGAGAAAGAGCCGGUUCUGGUGCAUCGCUGCAACAACGAGCAGGACCGGCCCAGAGCAGACAGGAGAAAGCCCAGAGAAGAGCAGCGCGGCGGAUACGUCUGUCCCAAACACUGUGAGCACCACGGCCAGCUGGACUUCCCCUGAACGCCCACAGAUUCAUUCAUCACAUUAAACAAAUGCACACAAGCUACUUCGUAUCUUUAAAACUUCAAAAGUUCCUUUUAACUGCUUUAUUUAUAUGAGGUUCUUAUUUUUUUAUUGUAUCAUUCUUUCAUAUUGUUUGUCACUGUGUUUGAACAAUGACUGUGUGGAAACUGCACUUUUGUAACGUCUCAGUGUAAAUAAAUCUGAACCGCUUCACUGACUGAAAACAUGAAACUCAAACAAUCCUGUAUACUGUCAUCUUUAUAAGCAAAUUUAUUUUGUCUUGUUAAUAUGUCAGCUGACUUUAUGGCAAUAUAUUAA